UGAUAGCUCUGGUUUGCCCAUCAUAUUUGCCGCAUAUUCGCAUUCGCAGUUCGCACCAAAUACUCUCCAUAAUGCGCGAAAAUGGAGGGGAAAGCGUUCAACUCCAAUCCGAGGGAUUCUGCUGCUUCAUAAAAUCGGAUACAUCACUCAAGUCAAUUCUUUUGCAAUCGUCUUUCGCCGAGACGCCGAGUUUGUUCCGCCGAAAAACACAAGUCGUCUGAAUUUCACUCCGAGAAUUCUGAUUAAAUUUGCAGAGAUAUUGCUGAGCUAAGAAUGGCCGGCAGAGAGAUGGGUGACGAGUCGCCGAUGUUUAACUCGUCCACACCUGACUCAGUCUGGUUGAAAGAAUGGAUGUUGAUAUCAUUAUAUUUAUUUCCUCCAUAACAGCAGGAGAAUGUGCCAACUUAGCAUUUCUUGUUGGACAUAUAAAGCUUAUCUUAUUUUCUCCCUGGUUAUUUGCUGAUUCCGCUAGUUCUGUGGUUGCACUAAUGGAGAAUCAAAACAACUUAGAGAAACCUCUACUAGCAGAAUCAACUAAUCCUUUAAGUCAAGGUCAUCAGAAGGAUGUUGCUGACAGGAGGAAACUCUGCCGCUCGAGAAGUGCUCCUCUCAUAGUGUCCCUUCCUAGAGACAAUUUGAUAAUUGAGCCUGAUCCUAUACCUGAAUCCUUGUUUAAGAGACUCCAUCCAAGUUGCAAAAGAAUUACAACAUUCUUGUUGAUUUACCUUCUUGUUGGUGCACUUUGCUUUAAUCUAGUGAGGGAUCAAUUAAGUGGUAAAAAGACAGGUAAUAGCAUUGUUGAUGCUCUUUACUUCUGUAUGGUUACCAUGACUACUGUUGGAUAUGGUGAUAUAGUCCCUCAAAGCACCCUUGCUAAGCUCCUCGCUUGUGCUUUCGUUUUCUUGGGGAUGGCUUUAGUAGGGUUAGUUCUUAGCGAAGGUGCAGAUUAUCUCGUUGAGAAACAACAGACAUUGGUCAUGAGAGCAUUAAAAUUACGCAAAAAGUUCCGUCCAAGUGAAGUUAUGAAUGAGAUGGAGACAAGGAGAGUUAGAUAUAAGUGCGUUGUGGUUGUUCUUGUUCUUUUUGUACUUGUGAUCCUUGGGACCAUUUUCCUGAUUUUGGUUGAGAAGUUGGAUGCUCUUGAUGCAUUUUACUGUGUAUGUGUUACGAUGACGUCCUUGGGCUAUGGAGAUUAUGUUUUUUCGACAGUGGGAGGUCGUGUUUUUGCAGUUCUGUGGAUAUUGAUGAGCACCAUAUGCUUUGCACAAUUUUUCCUUUAUGUUGCUGAGAUGAGCACCGAAAGGAGGCAAAAUGCUCUUGUCAAGUGGGUUCUUACUCGGCGUGUGACUAUAGUAGAUCUUGAGGCCGCUGAUAUCAACAAUGAUGGAGUCGUAGACGGCGCUGAGUUUGUAUUGUAUAAGCUUAAGGAGAUGGGGAAGAUUACUCAGAAUGAUAUCUCACUUGUAAUGAAAGAGUUUGAAGAACUAGACGUCGAUCAAUCAGGAACUUUAUCGGUGUAUGACCUAGUCACCUAGAACAGUUAUCUAAGUGACCUGCCAGAGAAAUCAUUAAAGCAGUAUAAUACCAGAGAGAUCAACAGAUCAGUGAAAUGGAGAUUUGCAUAUGUAUAUAUAAUGUUAUGUGAAAAUUGAGGCUUUGGUGUUUCUUAUCAUUUUGUAAAUGUGCAUGAUUGUUCUCAGAAUGUCAAGACUUUCGAUGUACAAUUGAUGUAUAUUGCCUAAUGUUCAUCUUUGAACUUGCUAAUAUAGUGAACUAUUUUAUUU